CCUGAUGUCAUUAGAUUCUAGAGUCUGCUGUCAUCACAUUCUGUGUUAUUGCCAUGUUAAUUCCACGUGGAGCUUAAACAUUCAGUCUUCUGACCUGUUCCACCUACACAGGGCAUUUUAUGGCUUAAGGAUGAUGGCUUAGAAAGGAAGGGAGAGAUUUACUUUGGAUUAAAUUCAACAUGGGAAAAUGCUUAAGCCACUGCAAAGACGACCAGAGCUUGCUACCAAAUUAUCCUGCAGAUCAAGUUACUUCAGACCACCGGCACCUUGGGUUCUCUUCCAUUACUCAUCGAACUGUAUCUCUUGAUCCUAAAAGAACCCGUCUGUCUGCAGUAUGUAAAGUCAGUUCACGCAGAGGAAGUAAAAAUUUAUCUUCUUCAUCAAGUGCAUCUACUCACUCAUCUUUCUCUGGGAGAAAACAUUCUUUAUUGGUGAAAUUUCAGAAAAGCGGUAUUUUCCCCGACUGUCAACAAAGUAGAGCCAAUUUUGAUUCUCAAGAAAAAAGCAGCUUCAGUGAUGUAAAAUUCUCCUCAAACCAUUUUGGCCUUAGAUCCCAAAGACUUUUCUCUGCCCCGAGACUUAGUAUAAUUUCCUGUUACGAGAGCACUAGUUUUUUUGAUCUUCAAUCAAGAUGUCAUAAAAUCUUUAAUCCAGAUGAAGUUGAAACAGUUUCUAAAAGCUCAAAUAUGACUAGUGCUGAAAAAUAUAUAAGCCCUUGUUGUCCCAAAUAUAACAUUAGAUGUUCUGUGAAUUUUGAAGCAAAAGCUAACUCUUCAACCCAUCGGAACACUGUUGAUGGAAGCAUCUACCCACACAGCAUGGCCACCUUACUUUCUCUUCCCACUAUUUUCUAUUCCUGUCAACAAGGCAAGAUUGCGACUGAUACCGAAGGAAGAGGCCAAUCAAGGUAUAUUACAGCUAAUACUGACACAGAAGAACAGAGUUUUCCUGUCCCUAAGGCAUUUAACACACACAUAGAGGAAUUAAAUUUAGAUGUCCUUCUUCAGAAGGUUGAUAAUUUACGUAUGAAUGAAUCUAGCAAGAUGGAGAGUUUUGAACUACUUUGUGACCACAAAGAAAAGUUUAGAGAUGAAAUAGAGUUUAUUUGGAGGUUUGCUCGCGCUUAUGGAGACAUGUAUGAGCUAUCUACUAAUGCACAAGAAAAGAAACAUUAUGCUAAUAUUGGGAAGACACUGGGGGAAAAAGCUAUUACUAGAGCGCCCAUGAAUGGGCAUUGUCAUCUGUGGUAUGCAGUCUUGUGUGGCUAUGUGUCCGAGUUUGAGGGCUUACAAAAUAAAAUCAACUAUGGACAUCGCUUCAAGGAGCAUCUGGAUAAAGCAAUCCAGUUUUUACCCGAAGAACCUUUUUUGUAUUACCUCAAAGGAAGAUACUGUUAUACUGUCUCGAAACUGAGCUGGAUUGAGAAAAAAAUGGCUGCUACUCUGUUUGGAAAAAUACCAUCCUCAACUGUAGAAGAAGCUUUGCAAAAUUUCCUUAAGGUUGAAGAACUACACCCUGGUUUUUCUAAGUCCAAUUACUUGUUCUUGGCCAAGUGUUACAUCGAUCUUGAACAAACAGAUGACGCUGUGAAGUUUUGUAAUUUGGCAGUAUUGCUCCCUUGUGUUACCAAAGAGGGAUUUCAGAGUUAAUGGCCCAGUCUGUGUUGCUGUGAGCCGUAUAUUGGUAUUGUAGGAAUACAAGGAAAUAGAUCAGUGUUUUCCUGCUCCCUUCUCGUACCGCCGCACAUUACCGUCCUCUGAAUCACAGCGGAAAGAAAUGCCUCAGAAAGGAGCAUCCCUUGUCUUCUCUGCGGAAGCAAAACCGGCUCCGAUGGUUGUUGUGAACCUCAAAUAUAGACACGCCCACAGCUCUCUAGCAGCUCACAGCCUGGGGGAGAAUAUAAGCCAUAUACCCAAGUAACUGUAGCCCAGGGUGGAAAGCCUGAAGUGCUCAGAGAGGUGCAAAUAACUGGUGAUGGAAAUAGUGGAAAGGGAGAAAUUCUUUUCACCUGGAAGAGAUCCGGUAGCAUCAGAGGUGGGCUUUGAGAGUGUACGUAAGGUGGAGGUGAGAGUGAAGUGCCUCGCAGGCGGUGAACAAAGGCACAGAGGUGGAAAAGCGGAGAUUUGUUUGCCUGGAGGGGGAGGGGCAGGGGUGUUCAGCGCAGUCCUGGGAAACAAGGAAGAAAGGGGGGAGCGUAAUAAGACCUGCCGGGAACUUCAGGGUUCAGGGAUGCCUCCGUCUUUAAACAGGGCUGCUCAGGCCUCACUGGGCCUUGCUGGCAACCACCCGCGCAAGGUCUCGGACGGCUUACGUUUGGGCUUUCCUACAGGGUUGAUUGGCCUUCUCACUCCGAUCCCUCACUUGGUCGAGGCGCACAACAGCCUAGGCUCAGGAGCGGCACUUCUCCGGAAGACACUUUGUGCAAUUGUUUGGGCAGAAAACAGAUUUUGUCCCUCUGGGUGCUUGCUCCAUAGAGGUGGUGGGGACCCUACCAUCUUGUCCACCUCUCCUGAAUGAUGUUUCAGGUUAUAUGCAGUCAUUUAAAACUGAGGGUCUGUGCGUUCUUUUUAGAAUUUGAGAUUAGCAUACAGUAUGAUAGUGAGGCAUAACACCUGGUUUCACGUGCAAAUAGUUGUGCACGAUAUCCAGAGCUGUCACACAAGGGCUAAAUAUCAAUGACCCCCCCCCCCAGGGUUUGGUCCUUGGUCCCUAAGUCUCCCCUCUCCUCGCCUCCCCUCCGCUCUCCUCCCCUCCUCUCCUUUCCUCUCUUCUCUCCUCCUUCCUGCCCCACAAACCUAUGGUCCAUGGCUUUGGAUGCUAUCUACCUGCCAGGAGUCCUCAAAUUUGUAUCUCUAGACCUCCCUUCUGAGCCCUAAGAUCUGAGUAUCCAACUUCCUACUUGACAUCUGUACCGAGAUGUUUCGCAGACAUCUCAAACUCAACUCGUCAUUGGGCCUUUGGAUCUCGUCUUUUCCAACUUCCUCUCUAGUAAAUGGCACAUCCGUCCAUCAGUUGGGAAUCAUCUCCCUCAGCCCCCGACACAGACAUCCACCCACUCACCAAAUCUCAGUCUUCCUCUUCUAAAGCAUGCCUUGAGCUAGCCAACUGCCCUCUCACUCGACUGCUACCGCUCCAAGCAGGAAACCACCCGAGUUCACCGGAACUACGACGUGCGAGCCUCCCACUGGCCUUUGGCUUUCUUCCUUCCACCAGGCCAUUCUUGGCUCUCAGUAGCAGCAAAGGAACAGAUUGAGUAAACCUCAAUAUGUCACUUCUUACUUGAAACCCUUUGCUUUGGGGAUAAAGUCCUAAAUGUUUAGCAUGUCCUUCAAGGCUCUGAUCUCUGUUGCCCACUCCCCCCACCUCUGCACUAUGCCUUUCCUUGCUUCACACCCUCGGGACCUGUUCUUGCCUCUUCCUGAAACACUCCCACCCAAGCCCUCCACUCCCUUCCCCUGCUUUAUUCCUACUCACCCUUCAGACCUCACCAUAAAUGUCAUUUCUUUAAGAAAGACUUCCUUGCCACUCCCAGGCAAGAAAGUACCUCGUACUUUUCCUUCACAUCAUCUAGCACGGUUUGUGGUUGUAUAAUUGUUUGUGUGAUUCUUCCAGGAAAGUCACAGCUAAGUGUGUUUCAUUCACCCCUCUAUUCCCAGUGCCAACUACCAUGCCUGGCAUGUAAUAAGCACCCAUAAGUACUGAUAGGAAAAAUCAGAAGACUCAUAGCACAAAAAUGAAAAGUUGGGCACUGUGGAAAUAUUUAGGUAAUAAGCAAAAGAGCAUUAAUAAGUAUUUCCUACGUUACUUAUUUUUCCAAUGAUGUUUCCAUUUAUAUUUUCUAGGAGGUUUUGUUUUGUUUUGUUGUUUUGUUUUGUUUCGAGUAGUAAAUGUAAUGUCAGGAAUAUCAAUUUUUUUUCAAUUAGAAAAUAGACUGAGGAGAGUUAUCUGCAGUCCCCCUAUCUCUGUAAGUUUUUCCAGAUUGAAGUAUACCCACCCCAUUAGUGAUUUUGCUGACAAGUCUGUUCAUUUCCAAAAUGUCCAGCAGAGCCACUAAUAACAGUGAAGGCAACCCAGCCAUCAGUUUUCCCUCUGUCAUGUGAACCUGCCUGACAUACCUGCUUCUUUCUUGUGGCACUUGUAACCUCUUCCUGACAUUGGAGUCUUUUGUGAUGUCUUCUGCCCCUUCCAGGGAGCUGUGAGCUCACCACACUGCACUUGACAUUGGGAGUGUCAGCCCUUGGGCUCUAGGGCCCAGAUUCCUGCAUGUGAGCAACUUUACAUCCCCAGAACUUGAAACUACAGUAUUUUAUUAUUCACGUGGCCUUUUCUUGACUCUAGGAAGGUCAUCUCGGGUCCUGAGAAACGUUCCACUUUAACAAUUUUUUUUAAGUUUAUUUACUUAUUUUGAGAGAGACAGAGACAGCACAAAUGGGGGAGGGGCAGACAGAGAGAGGGAGAGAGAGAAACCCAAGCUGUCAGCUUAGAGCCCGAUGUGGGGCUCGAACCCACGAAACAUGAGAUCAUGACCUGAGCCGAAAAUGGGAGUCAGACGUUCAACCGACUGAGCCACCCAGGAGCCCCAGAAACGUUCCACUUUUAAACUGAAAAAGGAUUCCUGUGUCGAAGGCAGUGUGAGAAUGCUUGAUGAAGGAAAUCAUGACCACUCUGGCAGCCUGGGAGUUGUUUGCCUGGACAAAGUAUCCAAGUUACUGACCUGGGGCAGGCUGCCAAAGUUCGGUGCAGGAAGCAUUAUGUAAUCUUUUGUUUUACGGCGAGGGAUGUGCUAAUUUGGCAAAGAAAAAAACUGUUUUGAAAUUGUUGUCACAUUUUGAAGUGACAUUAAUUGCUCUUCUAAGACAAACUCUUGUAGGAUAGGAAAUAAACUAUACCGGGAACAGUGUCAGGAAGAGAAGGACUCCGGGAGUGUUCAAUGUAAAGAACACGUCUUCCUGGCUAACAAGUUGUGUAGUUGGCUUUAAAGUUAACCUGUUGUUUAAAAUCUUGGGCUGUUAUUUCCAUCCUGUUAUAUAAAUGGAGAAUCAUCCCUCUCAUUAGUAACCACUCUUAGUAAUAAAAUCCUAAUCGUGCUUUUAA